GAGAGGGAGAGAGGGAGAGAGGGAGAGAGGGAAUCAUGCCAGGGUGUAGCAGCUCUCCGGUGGAAACUGUGCACUCUUUUUUGUUUGGACGUCUUCCCGUGCAGCGAGCAGCAGACAGAAAGUGUGUGUGAAUAAGGAGCAGAGCCUGAUAACGACGCUACAUCAUGAAGUCUCAGCAGAAAUGCAUCGUGAUCUUUGCUCUCGUGUGCUGCUUCGCUGUCCUGGUGGCGCUGAUCUUUUCAGCCGUGGACGUGUUGGGAGAAGACGAAGACAUCCUCAACGACGAUAACUGCAGCGAUAUCUGCCAGGUGGUGCUUGUGGAAAAUAUCCCAGAAGACAUCUCCAUUUCUCACGAGGGUACGACGUCCCUGACUGCGGGACUCCACGGCCUUCUGGACCUGGCUCAGAAAUCGGUGGAGAUCGUGUCACCGUGGUGGGAUCUGAACUCCACAGAGCAGGACUCUCGAUUCCCCCAGGCCAAGCAGGGUCGACUGUUACUGCAUCGGCUGAUGGGUCUGAAAGCUCAGGGUGUUCAGCUGAAGGUGGCCAGCGGGAUGACGUCGUCUCCUGAGCUCAAACUGCUCUCGCAUUACGGUGCGGAAGUGCGUUAUCUGAACAUGACGGCCCUCACCAAAGGCGAGCUCCGUUCGUCCUUCUGGGUGGUGGACAGGAAACACAUGUACAUUGGCAGCGCUGCUAUGGACUGGAGAUCUCUGUCUACGCUGAAGGAGCUCGGCAUCAUCGUUUAUGAAUGCAGAUGUUUGGCUGUGGACCUGCACAGGAUCUUCAAUCUCUACUGGCAGCUGGAGUACAGGGAAUUUGUCCCGGCGAUAUGGUCCAAGAGGCUGAGUGCCCUCUACAGCAAGGAGGAACAUUUUUCUUUUCACCUCAACGGCUCCCAGGCCAAAGCCUACAUCUCGAGCUCUCCAAAUAUUUUCCGCCCCAAAGACCGGACCACGGAUAUCGAAGCCAUUUUCCGCGUCAUUCAGGACGCCAAGCGCUUCAUCUGCAUAUCCAUGACGGAUUAUCUGCCUCUCCUGAGCAGCAGUCCACACAAUAAGUACUGGUCACGUAUCGACGGCAUGCUGCGCGAGGCUUUGAUCCUGAAGCACGUCAGAGUGCGUCUGCUGAUAAGCUGCCGAGAGCAGACACACCCCCUCACCUUCAACUUCCUGUGGUCCUUACAAAGCCUGUGCAUCCAGACGGCCAACUGCUCCAUGGAGGCGAGGUUCUUCAGUCCUCGAGUGCGAGAUGACGGCUCUCCUCAAGGCGUCCACCAUCACAGAUACGUGGUGACCGAUAACUCCGUGUAUAUAGGGAACCUGGACUGGGUCGGGAAUGAGUUUGUGUUUAACGCAGGAGCCGGACUCGUGGUCAGUGAGCUGGGGAGAAGCUCCACGCUGGCGGAGCGGCUGAAGUCCGUGUUCGAUAGAGACUGGCGCUCGCUGUACGCGAAACCUCUGCAGCCCAACAAGAUUCCCACCUGCAGCUCGAGCGCCGGCGUGUCUAAAGGUCACACGGGUCACACGGAGGACACGGGAAGUCCGAACGCCUCUCUAUAAGAGCUUCUGUCAUCAACCUCUGACUGACUGAAUGGACUUGUUUCAUAUCGAGUCGUUAUUCGUGCCAUCUCUGCACUUCCUAACGUACUUAUUUAUUUAUUUAUUUACUUACUUACUUACUUAUUUUUAAAGAAGGUUAAAAGCUACUGUGUUUUUUUUUCAUAACAGACCUCAGUGCUAAUAAUGCCUCAUUAUCCUUUUUAUUUUAUUUCUAAAAAUAGAGUUUACUACCUUCAUUUCUGAGAAUGUACGAUCUCCAUGACGAUGAGAAAAACAUUAUAAAAUGUUUCUGUAGAUACAAUAACAACGAAAAGAAGAGCAAUUAGAGAUCUGAUAAAUAUAGAUAUGUACCAGUACUACACACUAAUUACUGAAUAAUUAUCAGUAAUUAUUUAAUAAUAAUUGUUUAUUAUUAUUAUUAUUAUUAUUAUUAUCAGAAUAAUUUGUUUGUUUGUUUAUAUAUCCAUCCAUUUCUUUUUUUCUUUCUUUCUUUCUUUUCAUUUAUUUACUCACUAUCUAUUUGUCUUUUUUAUUUUAUUUGUUUGUUUCACUCACUCAUUUGUUUAAUCCUGGUAUUGCAGAUCACCAGCUUAAUUUGAAUAAACAUGUACAUUCUUUCUUUCUUUCUUUCUUUCUUUCUUUCUUUCUUUUUCUUUCUUUGUUUCUUUACUUAUUUGUUGAUUUAUUUACAUUUUUCAA